AUGCCGUCGUGGGUGUGCCCCGAGUGCGACUACGAGAAUGAAGCGAGAGACGCGAUCUGCGCCGCAUGCGAGGCGGACUGCCCUACAGGUGGUCAGACCGCCGCCGCGGCGGAUGAAGACGACGCGUACGCGCACAUCCACGUUGGUGUAAUCGUGGAGUGCGAAGACGCGCCCAACACCAAGCUGAAGCGCCUGAAGGUCAACGUGGGUCAGGGCAACCUGAUACCCGUCGUGACGGCAGCGACUAAUGUAAAGCAGGACGACCACGUCGUCGUGGCCUGUGUUGGGGCCGAGGUGAAGGGCGAGACCGUGACCAGGACAACAGUCAAGGGGUUCCCUUCGCAGGGGAUGUUGUGCGACGCAGGCAUGCUGGGGUGGGUCGGCGGCGGCGUCGGCGCGGCAGUGACGUUGCCGGAGUCCUUUCCUGCGGGCGCGCGUCCGCCGAACAGCCGCCCGCGCGGUAACGCUGUGUGA